AUGUCCUCAUCCUUGUCCCUGGUCUUCGGGCCAAGCUCUCCACCUCUCUGGAACAAGACAGUGGCAGAUCUGAUCCAUGAACAAGAGUCCAAGUAUGCCGAUCGGGAAGCGGUUGUCGUGCCUUGGCAGUCUGCUCGUCUUACCUAUGGCAGACUUGGGCAACGCAGCGCCUUGCUAGCCAAGGCUCUCCUGGGCGGAGGCUUCAAGCGUGGCGACUGCGUGGGUAUCAUGGCUGGGAAUUGCUACCAAUAUCUAGAGAUAUUCCUCGGAGCCGGGCGUAUCGGCUGCCCCGUCGCUGUGUUCAACAACACAUUCUCGCCUCGAGAACUGAAGGCGAUGAUAGAGCGGACCGAUUGCAAGGGGAUUUUCAUUGCACCAGAAGUUGGCAACAGAAACCUGCAGGGCCAUUUGCGGAUGAUUACGGACGCUCCCCGAGGAGAACUUCCAAUCCGCCUCCUAGUUCUUCUGGCUGAAGUUCUGCAUCCCAUGACGGGAAUCAAGUGUCAGACCUACGAUGAGUAUAUGGCUUCCAUCGAGGCUGGUUUCGUGAGCGACUCCCUCUUAAGCAGGGCCGAGAGCAAGGUGGCACCUGCGGACGUAGUGAACUUCUCAUUUACUUCAGGUACAACUGGACUCUCAAAAGCAGCCGCACUCACCAAUAACAACAUAAUUAAUAAUGGCCGCUAUCUCGGCCUUGCGAUGCAACUCACGGAAGAGGACGUGUUGUGUUGCCCUCCGCCGCUGUUCCAUGCCUUCGGGCUCGUUAUAGGUUUCCUGACCUCGUUCUGCCACGGCAGCAAGAUUGUUUUCCCAGCACCGACAUUUGACGCAAAUGCGGCCCUAGACGCUGUUGUGCAGGAGAAGGCCACGGCACUACUGGGCGUGCCAUCCAUGUUCUUGGCUAUCCUCGAGGAACUCAAAAAGACUCCCCGGCGCAUCGAGGCGGUUCGCACCGGGAUAGCCGGAGGCGCGGCAGUGCCGCCGGUCCUGAUACGUCGUCUGGAGCGGGAGAUGGGCCUCCCGCAUCUGCUGACGGCGUACGGCAUGACCGAGACCGGUCCGGUGAGCUUUGUCACCUCGAUCGAGGACACGCGGAAUGGAGUCCUCGGCACUGUGGGGCAGGUACUCCCACACUGCGCCGGCAAGGUAGUAGAUGGCGAAGACAACAUUGUGCCACGUGGGACGCCAGGCCAUAUCUGCACGAGUGGACAUGGGCUACAGAAAGGAUACUGGGGGGACAAGGCCCAGACAGCACAGGCUAUGAGACCGGACGCGGAAGGGGUGGUGUGGAUGUAUACUGGUGACGAAGGGUUUCUUGAUCAAGCUGGAUACAUGCACAUCACCGGGCGAAUCAAGGAUAUAAUUAUUCGAGGCGGAGAGAACAUCUCGCCUAUCGAGAUUGAAGGCCGUCUUGCAGAACAUCCCGACAUCAAGGAAUGCUGCGUUGUUGGCCUGGAGGAUUCCCUGUACGGCGAAGUGGUGUCCUGCUUCUUGGGAAGUGCUGGAGCAAGACGACCAUCUGACAAUGAGAUUCGAUCUUGGGUGAAGGCAGAAAUGGAUCACACCAAGGCUCCUAGUCAUAUUUUCUGGCUUGGAGAACCUGAUGUUGGCGAAGAACUGCCCAAAACUGGUAGCGGCAAGUACCAGAAGCAUUUGAUACAAGCCAAAGGCAAUGCGUUGUUGAAGAGUCGUGGAAUCUGCGCCAAGUUAUGA